GGGUAUCCAGAAAAUAAGUUCCGUUUGUAUUAUACGUUUAGUAAGGUCGAUGUAUGAGCGAGCUGGCAACACAGCAUUGAAGAGGGGAAGCUACCGAAUAGAAUGAGCGGUGUUCGGCGUCAGUAGCUCGUGAAACACGGUCAGGAGAGGUUAUCAAAAUGGAGUCCUCCACUUCGCGUCCCGCCACCUCCAUUCCGAUUCCUUCUCGAGUUGUUUUGCGCGGCAUCAUUCAGUUUCUUUUUGCUCAAGAUUUUAAAUCGGUUGAUAUUCACAAACAGCUUGCUUCUGUAUAUGGAGAGAGUGUGAUGAGUGAAUCUAUGGUGCGGAGAUGGGUCCGAGAAUUUAAGGCAGGAAGACAUUCGCUUGAAGACGAAAGUGGGAGAGGCAGACCCUCCCUUAUCACGGAUGAGUUGACGACAAAAAUUGAAAAUGCGAUUCGCAAUGAUUGUCGUUUAACUUUAGAUGAACUCCACAACCUUUUUCCAGAGAUAUCCCGAAGUCUUAUCCAUGAGAUCGUUUCAGAAAAACUCGAAUUUCGCAAGGUUUGCGCCCGUUGGGUUCCCAGAGAACUGACUCCUCUACACAAGGCCACACGAGUCAGUUUAGUUGGGAUGUUUUGACCCACCCACCGUAUAGCCCGGAUCUAGCACCAUCGGACUACCAUCUUUUUACGAAACUGAAGGAGUCCUUGGCCGGAAAACGCUUCCAAAGCGACGAGGAA